AUGGGAGAAGACAAAGAAGCACGCCUGGUCACACCAGCGCCGGUAAUUCCAAAUGCAAAUGCGUCACCGCGCGUAAUACCAGAUUCCGGGGUGCAGGCCUGGCUGCAGGUACUUGGUGCUUUUUGUAUUUACUUCAAUACAUGGGGUAGGAGUUCCGUACCCGUCUCUGUAUGUUGUUAUGAACUGACCAGCCAAGGCCUGCUGUCUAGUUUUGGAAGCUUCCAAGCAUUCUAUGAGACGGACUUGCUAGAAUCGUACACGCACUUUCAGAUAUCCACCAUUGGCUCUCUUCAGAGUUUUCUGCUGGUUUUCUUGGGAUUCCUGGCCGGGCCGAUCUACGAUGCUGGCUAUUGCAGACAUAUGCUGUUCUUCGGCUCGCUAUUGAUCGUCGUUGGGACAAUCUGCCAGAGCUUCUGUACUGAGCUCUGGCAGCUGUUGCUCGCGCAGGGUCUAUGCAUAGGUGUUGGGUGCGGAUGUUUGGCAAUCCUCAGUGUCGCUAUACCUUCAUUGUGGUUCGCCAAGAAGCUUCCUCUUGCAAAUGGCAUCGCUGCGACUGGGAGCGGCCUUGGUGGAGUCAUAUUCCCUAUCAUAAUUCGCAACGCACUGCCAACGGUGGGCUUUGGCUGGACUGUUCGUGUGAUAGCCCUUGUUGCACUGGUACUCUUGGGUGCUGCAAACCUUGUCGUCCGCGUCCCUGAAUCUCCGAGGCAACGACGUCGUCUAGUUGAUCGCGCCUCGCUAAGCGAUUGGCCGUACGUACUGUUCGUUUUAGGCUGCUUCACCGUUUUCUUGGGCAUGUACACGCCCUUCUUCUACGUUCAGAGCUUUGCCAUUCAGUCUGGCAUAACCUCGCAAAAUGUAGCCUUUUAUAUUGUCACUGCCAUGAACCUUGCUUCAAUCCCCGGCCGCAUCAUUCCCGCUCUCCUAGCGCAACGUUUAGGCCCUUUGAACAUGAUCAUCGCAGCAAGUAUUGCUCUUGCUGCGACUGGUCUUGGGUUCCUUGGGACCAAGAAUGUUAUUAGCGUCUAUGCGGUGGCUAUCGUCUACGGCUUCUUCACUGGCGCGUUCUUCGCAUUGCAGCCUACAAACUUCGUACAACUUACGUCGGACAUGCAAAUUCUGGGAACCCGUUUUGGCAUGGCUUUCACCGUCAUGUCAGUUGCACUACUUUUCGGACCUUCAAUCAGCGGUGCUCUACAAGAUGCUUAUGGAUACUACGCCUCCUGGGUCUGGGUUGCAGUGACGAUACUAGCAGGAGGGCUCAUCAUUGGUGCUGCGAGUGUUAUGAAAACUCGAAAGGAUAGAGGUGGCAAGUAA